GGGGUACAUAGAGAACCUGAAUCUACAGAGGGGGGUACAUAGAGACCCUGAACCUACACAGGGGGGUACAUAGAGACCCUGAACCUACACAGGGGGGUACAUAGAGACCCUGAACCUACACAGGGGGGUACAUAGAGACCCUGAACCUACACAGGGGGGUACAUAGAGACCCUGAACCUUCACAGGGAGGUACAUAGAGAACCUCUGAACCUUCACAGGGGGGUACAUAGAGACCCUGAACCUACACAGGGGGGUACCUAGAGACCCUGUACCUACACAGGGGGGUACAUAGAGACCCUCUGAACCUUCACAGGGGGGUACAUAGAGAACCUGAACCUUCACAGGGGGGUACAUAGAGACCCUGAACCUUCACAGGGGGGUACGGACAAUAGACCUGGUGACCGGAGGGACGGUUGCUGAAAUGUGACAGAUGAGGAAGGAAGAUGGAGUAAUAGACUGUAGGUACAGGAACAUAUGCACAGUCACUACGAAACCAUAUAGAGUAGAAGUAGUUUAAAGUUAUUAACAGAAGUCUAUAAAUAACCGAGAAGAGUGGACGGUAUCAAGUGAAAGCUCAUUGAAUACAGUGAGUCUCUACACCUCGGAGUGGACACAGAAGAGUGACCAACAAUGGAAUACUGGAUAAGAAUUGGACUUACUACGGCGAUGAUGAUUGUGAUAUCAGCUUUAUCUUCCGCUGAAACAGCUACUAUAAAACCAAACCUUACCUUUAACAAACACGAAACAGCUACUAUAAAACCAGACCAGAACAUUACAGGCAAAAACAAGGAAGGCUCUGCAACAACUGCAUUAAAUUCAAAUCUUACAUGUCGCAAACCUGUAACAGAUGGAACAGAGUGUCCUGGUAAUAAGAAGUGCCCAGUAAAUGACGAAUGUGAUGACUCUUCACAAUGUCCCUGUAUGGAUGGAUACAGAUCUUAUAAUGAUACAGUAGGCAAUAUCAGUAUAAUCACUUGUGAAGAUAUACACGAGUGUAUUGAUCACACACAUACUUGUGGUAUUCACACAAAUUGUAACAACUCAGAGGGAGGAUAUUUCUGUGUGUGUAACAAAGGCUUCCGCAGAGGAAAUGAAACAAAGUUCUGUCCAACCAACGGCAGGGAGAAUGGAUGUGCAGACAUUGAUGAAUGUAAAGAAGACCCCAACAUCUGUGGCCCUAACAGUAUAUGUGAAAACAUAGGUGGAUCAUACCAGUGUGACUGCAUCCGUGGGUUCACAAACUCCUCCAAUAAUUGCACAGUUUUAAAAAGAUGUAGAGAUAACUUCAAAAUUUGUGGAUUGAAGGGGAUCUGUAACUCGACAAAAGGCUCUAUCAAUUGCAGUUGUCAAGAAGGAUACAAAGCAGUAUCAAUGGGAUUUGAGUACCCACAAUGCAAUGUGAGAUGCAAACAAGAAGAUGAAAUCAAGCCAGCAUGUGAUAGUACUAAGCCUCGGUGUACCCUAGAUAGAUUUGCUGAUAUGUGGAAGCCAUUGUGCAAUGAUAGAAACCCGGAAAAUUUUGACGUGGACAAGCUCUUGGAUGGCCUCGAUGAUAUGAUCUCCAAGUUCUUCAAUCAAAAUAAAGGGAAGAAAGAAAGACUACAGCUGGUUGGGAAAUUUCUGAAUACAGUGGAAGGCAUAGUACAGAACUUGGCGCACAUUUUUAGCAGACGCAUGCCCCUGUCAAACAAGAAGAAUUUUAUUAGUGCUGUAACGACUAACAGGACAUCUACAGACAAGAAGAUCUCACUGAGUAACAGAAAUAGCUCCAUAAGCAUAGACAGAAUUACGGCGUUGGGAGAUGCCUACACGUCAGUGCUUGGAUGUCUGGAAUAUGGGAACAUUAACAAACUCCUGGAAGGUGCCGAACUUCAGAAUAAUUCACAGAACCAUACGGUGAAACUCGUCUCAUCUGUAGUUAGUGUGUUCCUCGGGAUUGCCAAUACAUCUAAACUCAGUGAGCCAAUUCAGUUGCAACUUAACUUUACUGAUGAGGAGGUGACACCAAACAAGACGCACUGUGCCUUCUGGUCUGCAAUGGAUGCUGCCUGGAGCACCGAAGGAUGUGAGACACUGGAGAGAGACGACUAUGGAGUUCUCUGCAGCUGCACUCAUUUAACCAGCUUUGCUGUCCUAAUGGCUCUGGAUAACCUAGAUAUCACAGAGAGUUGGACGCUGAGUCUCAUGACAACAAUUGGGCUUUCAAUCUCAAUCGUCUGCCUUUCUGCUGCCAUCAUAACAUUUUGCUUGUGUCGAUUUUUGCGCGGAACACGGAACACUAUCCACAUACACUUAUGUGUUUCCCUUUUGAUUGGCCACUCCAUCUUUCUAAUCGGCGUCGAAGCUACUACCAACAAGGUGGUGUGUGGUGUAGUGGCGGGGCUCCUGCAUUUCUUCUACCUCUCUGCUUUCUGCUGGAUGUCUCUGGAAGGGUUGGAACUCUACCUAAUGCUGGUCACGGUGUUCAAGACCCAAGUGAAGACUAGAUACCUGCUGGCCAUGGGCUAUGGAGUGCCGACUGCGAUCGUCAUAAUUAGUGCUGCGGUGUUUCCUAAAGGAUACGGGACUGAAAAACACUGCUGGUUGUGCACUAAACACAACUUUAUCUGGAGCUUCAUGGGACCUGUGUGUGUCAUUAUCCUGAUUAAUUGUGGAAUUUUUGUAAUGACUGUUUGGAAACUGGCCAAGAAAAUGACAGCGAUCAACCCAGAGCAAGGCAAAUUAAAACACAUAAGGAGUUUGACGGUGACCUCCGUUGCCCAGCUGUGCAUUCUGGGGUGUUGUUGGGCGUUUGGAUUCCUCAUGUUCGGGAAGACAGCAUUAGUUUUUGCAUACGCAUUCACCAUCUGCAACGUUCUGCAAGGAGUACAGAUCUUCGUCCUGCACUGCCUCAUGAACAAAAAGGUUCGGGAAAAAUACGUUGAAGCGAUUUGCGCACUCGCUCAUUUCAGGUCACCGCUCUACUCCGAAUUCAGCAACAGCUCCAAUGUAAAUACACAGAGCAGGGCCAAGGCAAGCAAGGAGUCUGGCUUAUGAUGGAUCCUGCACUCUUGUGGUUUAACUUCCCACACAAAGACUUACUUUGCACUUCCCUAAACCUGGAAUGGUUAAAAAAAAAAAAAAAAAAAAA